UAUACCAAAAUUUUAACUGUGAUUUUAGCAUAGAAAAGACAAAACAACAAAGCAAGCAACAUGAUGAAAUUCUUGGUUGGAUUUUGCGUCUUGGCUGUUGUGGCCCCAGCUGUCUUUGGCGAACUUAAAUGUUCCGUACCAAAUCCCGAAAUCCCUACCGAAUGGAUUGAUUUGCGCGGUGACUGUUUGACAGCCAUGCGUAAUCAAAUCCAAAAGGAAAUCGAUGCUUCCUAUCAAUACUUGGCCAUGGGUGCUCACUUCUCUCGUGAUACCGUCAAUCGUCCCGGUUUUGCUGAUUUGUUCUUCAAGUCUGCCAAGGAAGAACGUGAACAUGGUGCUAAAUUGAUUGAAUACUUGACCAUGCGUGGUCAAUUGACCGAUCGUGUUACCGACUUGAUCACCAUUCCCACUGUCUCCAAGGACGAAUGGCAAUCUGGUGCUGAAGCCUUGGAAGAUGCCUUGAAAUUGGAAACCGAAGUCACCAAGUCCAUUCGCAAAUUGAUUGCCACCUGUGAAAAGAAGCCCAACUACUAUCAUUUGGUUGACUACUUGACCGGUGUCUAUUUGGAAGAACAAUUGCACGGACAACGUGAAUUGGCUGGUAAAUUGAGCACUCUCAAGAAGAUGAUGACCAACCAUGGUGCUUUGGGUGAAUUCUUGUUCGACAAGGAUUUGUAAAUU